AUGUCUUCUCUUGAACAGCUCAAGUCUACUGGCACCGUUGUCGUUUGCGACUCCGGUGACUUUGCCACCAUUGACAAGUACAAGCCUCAGGAUGCCACCACCAACCCCUCUCUCAUCCUUGCUGCUUCCAAGAAGCCCGAAUACGCCAGCCUGAUCGAUGCUGCCGUUGCGAAGGGUAAGACCCAGGGCAAGACCGUCGAUGAUCAGGUUGACGCUGCCCUUGACAACCUCCUCGUUGAGUUCGGCAAGGAGAUCCUCAAGAUCAUCCCCGGCAAGGUCUCUACUGAGGUCGAUGCCCGCUUCUCCUUCGACACCAAGGCUUCCGUCGACAGGGCUCUGCACAUCAUCAAGCUCUACGAAGAGGCCGGCAUCUCCAAGGACCGCAUCCUCAUCAAGAUCGCCUCCACCUGGGAGGGUAUCCAGGCCGCUCACAUCCUGCAGUCCCAGCACGGCAUCAACUGCAACCUAACCCUCAUGUUCUCCCUUGUCCAGGCCAUUGCCGCUGCUGAGGCUGGUGCCUUCCUCAUCUCUCCCUUCGUCGGCCGUAUCCUUGACUGGUACAAGGCCGCUCACAAGCGCGACUACACCAAGGAGGAGGACCCCGGUGUCAAGUCUGUCGAGAGCAUCUUCAACUACUACAAGAAGUUCGGCUACAAGACCAUCGUCAUGGGCGCCUCUUUCCGUAACAUCGGUGAGAUCACUGAGCUCGCUGGCUGUGACUACCUGACCAUCUCCCCUGGUCUGCUCGAGGAUCUGUACAACUCUAAGGACGCCGUCCCCAAGAAGCUUGACUCCUCUACUACCAGCGGCCUCGACAUCUCCAAGCGCAGCUACCUCAAGGAUGAGGCCCUGUUCCGCUUCGAGUUCAACGAGGAGGCCAUGGCCGUCGAGAAGCUCCGUGAGGGUAUCUCCAAGUUCGCGGCCGACGCCGUGACCCUGAAGGAUAUCCUGAAGCAGAAGGUUCAGGCGUAG